AUGUUUGCAUCCAUCAUCCUGCUGCUGCUCUCAGGGGCCAGGGCAGGCCCCCACUCCCUGAGGUAUUUCUACACCACCAUGUCCCGGCCCGGCCUCGGGGAGCCCCGCUUCACAGUCAUCAGUUAUGUGGACCACACGCAGUUCGGGUACAGUCAGUUCGCCUACAACGGUGCCAAUCACAUCACCCUGAACCCGAACCUGCACUCCUGGACCCCCGCGGACCUGGUGGCCCAGAUCACCCAGCGCCAGUGGGAGAAGGAUGGACGCACUGAGCACAUCAGGAACUACCUGGAGAGUGACUGCGUGGACUGGCUGGGCAGUGCCCUGGAGACCGGGAGGGAGACCCUGCAGCGCACAGACAUGCCAAAGACAAACGUGACCCACCAACCCAUCUCUGAGCAUGAGGUCACCCUGAGGUGCUGUGCCCUGGGUUUCUACCCUGCGGAGAUCACCCUGACCUGGCAGCGAGAUGGGGAGAACCUGACCCAGGACACAGAGCUGGUGGACACCAGGCCUGGAGGAGAUGGAACCUUCCAGAAGUGGGCAGCUGUGGUGGUGCCUUCUGGAGAGGAGCAGGGAUACAUGUGCCAUGUACAGUAUGAGGGGCUGCCGGAGCCCCGAGUCGUGAGAUGGGACCCUCCUCCUCAGCCCUCCAUUCCCACCAUGGGCCUCAUUGCUGGCCUGGUUCUCCUUGGAGCUGUGCUCACUGAGGCUGUGGUGGCUGCAGCUGUGAUUUGGAGGAAGAAGCGCUCAGGGGGACAAGGAGGAAGCUACACUCAGGCUGCAGGCAGCCAGUUUCCAGAGCCCUGA